UGAUGAGGACGGUUGUGGAUAACUCUCUCAUCGCUUCCGGAGACAACACCCCCAACGCCGACCACUAGCUGCCUUAGAAGAGCCAGGCAUUGUUCUCUGCGUGAAGAGUGAAGAUUGGUAUACUGUAUGAACGCAAGAGUCUGGUUCGAACGAGAGCGGUGCGGUGCGAACGCCGUUGCACAAUUCAGUGACCCCGAACGUUCGAGAGCAAGGCAAUUCAACGUGGCACACCAGUGGACACGCGCACUUCUGCCGUCGUUCCACGCAAACCUACGAGGCUGCACGCUUCGGCGCGUGUCCUCCCGCACGUGCCGACCUGUCGCCCUGUUCCUCGUACAUAUAUACGGGCACGUUGAUUUGGCCUCCAUUCCCAUCCGGGGACAACCACAGUAACCGUCUGUCUCGAGAGGAGGAAGAAAGGGUAGCAAGGGGGGCAAAUGGCGGAGUACCAUGGGGAGUAUGGGCACCCGUACCCGCGCGUGGACCAGUACGGGAACCCCGUGCCGCCGGUGGACCAGUACGGCAACCCCGUCCCGAGGGAGCCGGCGUCCGCCGGUCUGGGCGGCACCGCUCCCCUCUACGGCGCCGCCGGCGACACCACGGGCGCGGGGUACGUGGCGGCGCCGCCGGGCGACUACGGCACGGCCGGUGGUGCGGCGUACCCCAGCGGUGGCGUCGCGCCCGGCGAAACGGCGCUCGCGUACGAGGGCAUGGUCGGCGGCGGCGGCGGGAUCGGCGCGGCGACCGCGGGCAUGGGAGGGCAGCUCCAGCCGACCAGGGAGGAGGAGCACACGUUCGGCAGCUCCCAGCUGGAGCCGGCCAGCAGGGAGGAGCACACGACGCUCGGCGAGAAGCUGACGCGUUCCGGCAGCUCCAGCUCCAGCUCCAGCUCGUUCUCCGAGGACGACGGGCAGGGCGGGCGGCGGAAGAAGAAGAGCAUCAAGGAGAAGAUCAAGGAGAAGCUCCCGGGCACCCACAAGCACGAGGAGCGCAAGGCCGGGCACGCGGCACCGGCGACGACGACGACGGGGACGACGCAUGCAGCGGGGGCGCACGAGAAGAAGGGCUUCAUGGACAAGAUCAAGGAGAGGCUCCCGGGACACCACUGAUGAGCGUACGUCGAUCGUGCACGUCGCGCUGUGUGUAUAUCGUGUACGUGUUCGGUAGCGUCGUUCGUUCGUCGGUCGGUUUGCCGUGUGUCGUGUGGAAGUGUGUUGCUUGUGUUAUGGAAGUCGCAUCAGCUGCUGUGUGCUGCGUAGUUGGAUUUGGGUACGUGCGUACCUCCUUUUCGUUUAGGUUUGGCUCGAGUUUAUGUCUGGGCUGUGUCGUGUAUCUGUCUGUAGUUGUGGAGAUGUUGGAUUUCCGUAUGAGACUGUCAGUUAGGCCUGUGAUUUGGUUGCAGCCUUGUACUGUGGUGCUGCCACUCGCUCCAAGGCACCAAAGCGCGCGGUAGUGAAGUGAGGCCGCGCGGCUUACAACAGGUUCAGCUUCGCGCUUAUAAUACUGCCGGCUACUAACAAACCAAGUCCUGAAUAACAGGCCAACUAGUGCUAACCUCCUGCCGCCUAUCUAAACCAACCGAGCGCCUCAUUUGCCGGAGCUGUAC